UAAGCUUGUUCACAGAGCAAGCUUAAAUUCAUAAGGCAUCUCUAUCUCAUUUCGGUUGUUCUAAGAAAUGAAUUGAGGAAACAAACUGGAUAAAAAAUGAACAAGCUGUCUGAAGUAGAAAGGUGGAAAAACAUUUGUAAGGGAAUAGUGUCAGUGAUUAUGUACUUGGCAGAUGUUAUAUUGCAAUUUGUAGAAGCUCAUCAAGACGUUCACAAGCGCUAAGUAUCAAUAUUCAAAACAAAGUCUUUAACCUUUUUUCAAACUUAUAAUAAUUUUUUAACAAUUUUUUAGGUGCCCCAAGAAUUCCUUACAGUCUUAUCACAGAGCACUGCGGAUGAGCAUUUAAUUGGAUGUUAACACCUCCUUCCUAACCGAUGUUGCAAGACUUGCCCUGAGGUGGUGUUAGAACCACAAAUCCUUUAUUUCUAAAGCAAGCGUGCUACCAAUGCGUCACGGCUGCUCUUUUUUUACCAAUGACACCCUGUGGACACUACCUUGCUAAAAUAGAGCGCAUGCUCAAAUUUGUAAAACACCAGUAUUUUGUGAUGGGGUGGUGUAGCUUGAAAACUUAAAGAGGAUUAUAAUAUAUUGCAUUAACUCUUGGCUGUGAUCAUCAGUUAGAUUACUACUGUUUUUGACAAAAGGUGUGAGCAAAAGGCCAACAAAAAGUAGCAUUAGAAGCACUCGAUAUAAUCGAAAAUAUCGACAGAAAAGACCUUUUUUACUAAUCUGCAUAUUGCUGACAAUCCCAGUGACAGUGUCCAGAAGUGAAAUUUGUUUUAGCAAGUUGAAGUUAAUCAAAACUUUCCUACGUGCAUCAAUGACGCAAAAAAUAUUGAGUGCUGGUACUAUUGAAGUCAUCCAAUCUCCAUUUAAUGCUAUAGUUGGAUCUUCUGUAAAGUAUAGUUGGAAACUUUCAUAUGAUCCAGCAACUGAAAAUGUUGUUAAAUUAACAUUUUCUGAUGGGGGUGAACAGGCUUUGGCAGAAGGAAAUUUUACACAUUUUUAUCUAACAAAAUUUGGAGUAAAUUACAAUACAAAAAUAUCAGUUAACUUUUCUAAAAACGAAGAAUAUAGUGUUGUGCUUUAUAAUUUAAGCUAUUCAGAUGGAAAAACAUAUAAAUUAGACGCAGAGUUCUUUCUUGAGCAAGGUGACUUGUUAUUGUUAGAAUCUCAUCCAGAAAUAGCCUUUCCAUUAACUGUUAAAGGUGGACCUGCAAUCUUAACGCGCACCUUUCCGUCUGUGUGGACACUUCAUGAAAAUAGUGAACAUAAUCCAUCUAUUCAAGUUCAGGGAAAACCAAAACCUAAUGUUGAAUGGUAUCUUGGAGAUACUGAUUCAUUACCUGGUAGUUCUAUUAGCUUAGAUAACAAUAUAUAUAUUUUUUCAGCAAAAUUUAAAGCUGAUGCAGGUAUCUGUGGUAGUUAUCUGAGAUAUAAAGUUAGUGGCGUACAAGGAACCAUCAGUGCUGAAACACAAAUAAGAAUACACUUCAAAGAAUCACCUUUAUGGAUAAAAAAGCAAGAUUAUUGCAUUAGUGUUGAUUGGCACCUUAGACAACAUGGAAAUUGUUCAACAAAAUAUGUAAUUAAUUUCCUUAAUAAAACAUUGAAUAAAGUAUACACCAGUACUGUUUCUUCACAAGUUAAUUCAGUUAGGCAAUGUUAUGGAACUAUACAAGAAGUUAAUGAAAUAAGUGAUGUUAAGGUCAAAUUGGUCCACAAAGAUUUUGAAAAUGAUCUUCUAGAUUUAUCAUAUCCUUCUGAUGAACCUAAUUAUCAUGAAAAAGUAGCUCCAGGAAAUCCACCACUUAACUUAUUGACAAUAUCAGUUAUAAGCGGUUGUGGAGCAGUCAUUUUUGUUGUUAUUGUGGUUUCUUUUAUUUGUUUGCUAAAACACAAAAAACAAAACAGACAACUUCGAAAAGAAUUUGUCGGCGAAAUCUCCCAUCCGUUUAAUAGCGAGCCCCCUAGAUAUGUUUUUACGGCCAAUUCCAAUGGUGAACAGGAAAUGUUUCUAAAAAAGUCGAAAGCUGACUCUAACUUCUCAUUAAAUAGCCUUCAAAAUACACAUUAUAUGGUUCCAAGACCAUAUUCUGUUGAAGACCACGAUUUUAACUAUCAAACUAUUGAUGAUAAUAUACCUGCUAUAAAAGAUUCAGUUUACACAAACAUGACUCAAAGCGCUAUAGCAACCAGACGUUGUUGAAAUGAAUAUUUUUUGUGUCUAUAAAUAGGUGUUAGUAGUUUCCGCUAAGAAUCAAUGUACAAAACGAUUGCAGUUUUGAUAAAAAACUUUGAUUUGUCUUUCCUUUAAUUUGUUAGAUUUACUAUUAUAAUUGUUGUUUUUUAUUGUAAAUAAAAUAAUGUUAAACUUUACGAUUACCAUUUAACAAUUUGUGAACUUUUACCAAAAAUUUAUCAUUAUAUUUUUUUGUAAAUACGAAAUAUACGUAAAUUAAACAUUAUCUUAUAUCUAUUAACAAACGUUUGACAUUUAUUAAUUAAUGACAAUUUAUUGUUUUUUAACGAAUAAUUAACAAUUUACAAACGUUUAUCUUUUAUAAAAGUUUUGAACUUAAAAAUGUAAAUAUGAAUGUUUUGGAAAAUAAAGUUAAUAAAACUACGUUUAUUAGUUCAUGUUUAUUGAACGUUUAAAUGA